AUGCAGCAAGCAGAGGCUGCCAAGGCAGCUGUGGAAAAGAGUAGCAUGGCGUCUGGUCCUGCUCAAGAUCUUGAGACUCAACCCACUGACGGAGGCACUGAAACGACUCCUCCGAGCAACCACAAUGACGACAAAGAUGGCGAAGUCUCCGAACAUGAUGACAGUAGUCUCGUGCAGGGCGUCAACUACUUCCCAAGCAGGCGUGUGGAUCGCGAAGCCUUGAUUCAGACCCCCAGCUUCGAUUGGCAGCAAUCGCAGACCAAUAUGCACACAAAACCCGACUUCCUGCCCACCAUCUCUCAUGACAAGUGGAAGCUCAUGCGCAAGCUUGAGCCCAAUCAACAGGAUGUGCUAAAGCAAGCUGCUGGCAUUGAUGUCCUAAGACCUGUACAUGGCCAAGCUACUGACAGCGUGAAAACGAAUCACUUCCUGAUGGAUUUUUACGACAACAAAGGUUCGCGCGUCCUGUACGUGUAUCGUGUCGAUGGCAUAUCACCUGACGGUGCACGAGCCAAGAAGCGCACAAACAUGCACACUGCCAUCGAGAAGUGCGCUCCCUUGCGAAGCAACAAGCACUUCAUCGUCACAGACAAUAUAUCCAAGAUCGUAGUAUGGAUGCCUCUCGCCGAGGAAGCUUCACCUGGCGAUGAGAUUGCCAAGAUUCCGUUGAUCGACUAUGAUCGACGCGACAACUCCAGCAGCUAG